GAUAAUAAAAGACGGAUGUAUAGGUGAAGUGGGUAGGAACAAUUUCCAUUUCAUUUCACAGAAGGUUUACUUCGGUGCGGUCGUUUUAUCGGAUUUUAGUUAGAAAAACAGACAGUUUUAAAUGCAACGUCCAGGAAUAUUCAUGAAUUUACGUGCGGUUGGUUGACAAUAUUCUAUGAUUAGUCACAUAAAAGGGCUAAUCGGACUUUUCGCGUGAUGACAUUUUUAUGUUUUGUUUGAUGUAUUUUCACGAACGUCAUGGUGAUGGGUUUUGAAGUUCAGUGGUUUUGAUAGAAGUGAGGCUAGAGGUCUUAUGAAAAAGUUGAUUUGCGUUUGACAUGACAUUUUAAAUUACAAAAAUGGCCUCAAAUACGAAUUUUAAGGCUAAGGUCUUAAUGAAUAAGGGAAAAAAGGCUACAGCAGUGUACCUCCAAGCUGACUGUAAGAAUCCUACAGGCUGCAACACCAAGUGUUUGAACGAAGUGUUAGACAAUUUACUGAACCCUGCCAAAUCUAUUGACGAAUGGGAUACAAUAGAUUGGUGCAAAUGGCUCAUAGCUGGUGGAAAUACACCCGACGAAUAUGCCAAUACAGUUCGAAAGUACGACAACGCUACGACAUGCGGCCUGGUGUGGACGCCCAACUUCGUCGCCUACAGAUGUCGCACCUGCGGCAUAUCACCCUGCAUGUCGCUCUGCACCGACUGCUUCAAGAAGGGCGACCAUCAGCGACACGACUUCAACAUGUUCCUCAGUCAGGCGGGCGGAGCCUGCGACUGCGGCGACACCUCCGUGAUGAAGGAACAGGGGUUCUGUGAUCGCCACGGUCCGAACAAGAGGAAGAACAAGGGUACCGCACCGGCCGACCUGAUGCUGGUGGCCGAGGCCAUGAUGCCGAGGAUUCUCUUCAGGCUGAUACUGCACCUGAGGGAUCAAAGUAAAUCUGGAACUAACGACAGUUACAACAAAGAGGGAAACACCUACGCCGACAGCUUCAUCAACAUGUUGUUCGACUUUAACAACAUGGGAGGACUGAUGAGGAGGGUCAUGACCAACGCGCUCACGAACCCACAAAAAUACAGAGAACUGAACGAGGUUCCAGAAAGGGCCGAUUCCGACUACGCCCAGUUCCUGGCCCAAUCGCGAAACGCCUACGAGGAGGCGGUCAGAUCCGUGCCGAACCCCACGCCGUUGGAGGAAUACCGUGACUGUCCGUCGCUGCAGGAACACCUGGUGCACAAGACCCUGUUGGAGGAGCUGGUCUUCUGGACGGUGAAGCUGGAGUUUCCCCAGAAGGUGGUGUGUCUGCUGCUACACCUCCUGCCCGAUCCCGAAUACAAGGAAGCCUUGACGAAGGCCUUCGUCCUCCACUACAGCAGGAUCCCGAUGAUGCUGGAGCGUUCGAACGAUCCGGAUACACUAAGCAACCGGGUGGUACACGUUAGUGUUCAAUUGUUUUCUAACGAGAGCUUAGCAGUCAGAAUGACAGAUCAACUCCAUCUCUUGCACGUCAUGGUGGUCAGUCUCAAGUACAUGAUGAGCAAGAUACUGAUACAGAACACCUUGCACGAUCCUACCAAGAACUUCCACAUGGUCGUCGAUUGCGGAAAGAGGGUGAUGAGAGAACACUGCUACUGGCCCCUGGUCUCCGACCUCAACAACGUGCUCAGUCACAGGCCGGUAGCUUUCAAAUUCAUGGAGGAUGACAUGUUACUCCGAAUGUGGUUCAAUUUCCUAUCCACUUUUCAGGGGAUGAACGUUAACCACAGGGAACUAAAUCAGCAUGUGGAGUUCGAGCCGAACACCUACUAUGCUGCUUUCAGUGCCGAAUUAGAGGCUAGCGCGUAUCCGAUGUCGGCUCUGGUAUCGCAUCUGACGGAUCCCAGCACUGCCUAUCUGACCAGACGGGUGCUCACGGCAUGUCUCAACGAGUUCAGGCAGUGGUUGGAGGCUAUCAAUUUCCACAGUCCUAACGUGAAUGACGAUCUACAAGUGUCUUUUCACCUGCCGCUGCACCGUUAUUUAGCAGUUUUUCUUUGUCAAGCUGUGGCGAAACAAGGGAUCACCCUAGAUGAAGUGUUGCCGUCAAGUGAGACCUUGAAAUUAUUGAUGAUGCAUCCGUUGAGAGUUCAGGUCGCUUUUUACGAGAUCCUCAACGGGUUGUGGGUGAGGAAUGGCCUUCAGAUCAAAGGCCAGGCCAUGACCUACAUCCAGUGCAACUUCUGCAACACGAUGGUGGACGCAGAUCUCUGCCUUCUUCAGAUAUGCGCCACGAGGAUACCGGCAGAGGAUUUUCUCAAGAUUACGAUCGAGAAUUUUCACGGCAAGGGAUGGUUGAGCUUGUCUCCGUUCGCUUCGUUGCAGCACGAUCUCGGAAUUGACCACGGCAAGCCGAUGAUGGAGAGCUUCUUGACGUUUUUGACCACGUUAAUUAGCGUUCGCACAAAUCUCGGAUUAUCGGAGAUAGACAUCAACCGUCUCGAGAUGAUCACGUUGCUGUGCACCGGCGACAAGACGCACUCGCAGCUGCUCGAGCAGAUGCCCGAUCGUUGCGGGACGUCCCAGAGCCGCGAUUUCGAAGCCCUGCUGGCCGACCUGGCUGAUUACAGGCCUCCCGCUUUCGAGGCGACGGGAAACCUGCAGCAGGGCAUGUACAUGCCGAAACCGCAGGUCUGGGAGGAACUCUUCGAUCCCAUACACAUACUGCUCAGGGCGGUGCACAGGAGAGACUUCCAGACCUCCAUGGACAGAUACACCGAAUACGCCAGGCAGAGCAACAAGAUAAAGCCGGGCGUGAACCUGUGGCCGCCGUUCAGAACGCCCUCGAAAUGCGGCGAGGCGUACGAGGAUCCCCGUCUCGUGCUCAAAUCCAGGGUGUUCCACGCCGUCGCCUUCGUAGUCCUGUUCAAGGCCGUCAAGGGGGAAGUCUCGGAGCACAUAAUGGACCUGAUCGUGUUCCUCUUGGAACAGUCGGUCAUCAUCAGCCAGCAGUCCGACAAUUUGGCGGUGGAUACCAAGAUGUGCCCGGACUCCAAUUCCGCGCCCAUCGGAAAACUGAAAGACAAGGACAUCGCCAACUGGUACAAGACGGACAAUAUAUUCGAGAACAUGACGGCCGUCAUACAGAAGGUGGUGCUGACGCCCGAACCCGAGAUAUUCCCCAUGUCCUACAGCUCCGACAUUCGCGCAGGCGAAUUGGAAUGGGACAGCAACGAGAUCGACUCGAAGAUGUCCGAGAUGCCGUUCUUGGAUUCCGAGAACAUGCUCACUUACGAGGACUGGGAACAGUCCGAAUCAGGGGCUCUACUUCCAUGGCCAGCUGCAGCGCCCGCGGACGAUGACGACGCGGGAUCCGCCAUGUCCAUCGAGGAAUCGCAGGACAACGCCAUGACGAUGGCCCUGACCGCCUUUAGACAGCCUCAGCAAGCUUCGCAAGAACAAUCCGCCUUACCUGCUCCCGCCCACCUACCGGCCCUGUUGGCCGGCAACGAGGUCGGAAGGUCGCCGCAACUGCCGGGACCGUCGAGCACCGACCUGGUGCCCUCCACGUCCGCCAGCGCGGAACUGGUACCCUCCACCUCCGCCGGAAACCGCACGACGCGCGCCUUCAGGCGUCGCACCACCCUAGAGGCGUCCAACACCGGGAUGAACGUCCCCGUGGUCAAGGUGGGUGAGAACCUCAUCAGCCUGCUUCUCAAGCUCCACUCGAACCUUUCGGGCGUGCCGGACAGCUUCGUGCUCGAGGAGGAGCUCGCCAAGGGCUUCCAGGAGGAGGCGACGAUGGGCGACGGUCCCUUCUUCGUGGGGAAACUGCUGAAGAGACUCGCCCUAACGGACGACAACUGCAAGCAGGGCAUAAUCGAGGCCAGGGAGAGGAUAUGGCCGGUGGUCGACCACGAGAAGGAGAAGAACGCCAAAGAUAACAAGGAGAGGGAGGAGAGACGCAGGAAGGCCAAAGAGAGGCAACAGAAGCUGAUGGCGGAGUUCGCCUCCAAACAGAAGCAGUUCAUGGAGAACAUGGAGACGAACGAUUCUUCUGCUGGAUCAGACGAGCAGAUACCGCUGUCGGAGAUAGAGUACGACUGCGUGAUUUGCGGGCAGACUACAGCUAGUACCGAGGGGAAGCCCAUGGGAUUGGUGGUGCUGGUUCAGGCGACCAGUGUCGUUGGUCACAAGAGAAGACACGGCAGACCAGAGAGGGGUUCGCUGCCUCUCAGCGACGACGAGAAGCACCUGCUCAGGACCGAGGACACCCUGGCCUCUGAGUUCGACAGGAGGAUCGUGGAAUUGGACAGACAUUUCGACCCUCAAUCGUGGUUCCUGUCCGUGAAUUCCGGCUGGGACGGCGGCGUUCACGUGCAAACUUGCGGUCACCACUUGCAUUUGGACUGUUUGAACGCCUAUCUGUAUUCCCUCAGGAGCCAACAGAGACAACCGAGCCUAUCGCCGGAAAAGGGAGAAUACCUCUGUCCUCUGUGCAGACAAUUGGCCAAUUCCGUGUUACCCUUGUCGCCGCAGCUCGGCGAUAGGGCGCAGGUGGUAAGGUCGAAGCCGACCUGCAUGGCCCAGGUGCUGGACGAACUGUCCGAUUUCCUCAGGGAGAACGUGCCGAAACCCAACGUUUCGAACAUGUCGGAGGCCAUAGGCAAGGUGAUGGAAGACAUGUCGAGUUGCACGCAGCUGAAGCCGAUCUUCAAACUGAACAACGACAAACCCACGCCGUACAGUCUGUUCCUGUUCAUAACGUCGAUAGCUCGGACCAACCUCGAGGUCGAACUGAUACAGAGGGGCGGAUCGCUGGUGUUCCACGAGGAACCGCCGAAUCCGCUGCUCCCCAAAAGAGACUGCAUCGUGCCACUUCUUCAUGUCCUGGCGUUCCACGCCAGAGUGGCAAGAGGAAUGGCAAAAUGGGCGGCGUGGACGACCUUCGAGCAGUUAUGCGGCUUGCCCAAUCAGAACACGAUGAACGCGCUGGCGAACGUGGAGCGCGAGGUACCCCUCAUGCUGAGGGAUCCGGUGGCGUUGCUGUUGCAAUUCGUCCUGCUGCUUCCGCUUCAUCUGGAUCAAAUUUACCUGACGACGACGGUACAAAUGAUCUACAAUCUCCUGUACUAUCAAGUAGUGGCUCAAGUUUCUCUUGGACUGUCCAGGAGCGAGAGGGAACGCGUGAAACGCGCCAGUUCGGGCGACGGGAACGUGCGGAAUUUGAGCGACGCCCUCGGUCUGAUCCACGACUAUAUCGGACACACCGACUUGUACAUAGAGGACGACUCGAUGGAGAGUUCCUCCAAGCCCCAGGUCAACAUGGUCGCUUUGGAACAGCAGGUACAGAAGCUUUGUCUGCCCUUUCUACGCAUUGCCACCCUCCUGAAGUACCACCUGUACAAACAACCGCUCCCGGACGUCCUCACCGCCCAGAGCGAGUUCGUCCUGCUCGUCUACUAUCUGGAGCUGGUCACCGAACCCAUAGACUGGGACCGUUUCAACGCUGCCGCCGCCCUGAAUUGGCCCGCCGUGCCUAAGUUGCACAGGGCCUCGCCCCAGGGCUGGUGCAGACAGUUGGAGGCCUUCGCCAACAAGAGUCAGAUCGCGGCGAGGGGGUUCCUGAUCGACCAGCACAUCAGGUGGCACCAACCGAGGUUGUUGCAAUUGCCCAGGGAGUAUGAGAAGAUUUUCACAUAUUACCAUGAGCGUCCUUGUAGUCAAUGCCAGUCCGUGCCUCAGGAAACAAGUAUAUGUCUGCUCUGCGGGGCGAUUGUUUGUCUGAAGCAGGGUUGUUGCAAGGCACAGAACGUUUGCGAGGCGGUGUUCCACACGCUGGAGUGUGGCGCCGGCACAGGAAUAUUCCUGGUGGUGACAUCAACCUACAUCGUUGUGAUCCGUGGCCACAGGGCCUGCUUAUGGGGCUCUCUGUACCUUGACGAAUACGAAGAAGAGGACAGAGAUCUGAAGAGGGGAAAACCUUUGUACCUGAGUCAAGAUCGCUACAAACUCCUAGAACAGCAGUGGCUAGCUCACAGGUUCGACCACACGAAGAAAAAUUGGGUACAGCAUCGAAACGCUCUGUAGAUUGUCAUUGAUCGGUAGUCUCGACGAUUUUAACAGUUUGAUCGCGUAGAGCUAACAAACUAUUUUUUCUAUUGAUUUUUUAUAAACUGUGAUAAAGAUCUUGCAGAUGAUUCUUUAGAAUGAUUAUUUAUAAUGUUUUCGAUAUUUUUUUAUAAACGAUCGAAAAAUAUAAACUUUCUAUUCUCUUUGUGAUGAGAGUUAACGGCGUUAUUCUGUAUUAGAUUAAUCUUAAUACCAAGUGAUUUUUUCUAAGGGUGAAAUUAAAAAAACGGGGUUAUUUUCAAUAGGAUCAUCAUCGUUAUUAUUAUUAUUUAGAUACCUUUGCGAAAUUUCGAUUACUACGAUUAUUAUUUUAUAAAUAAUUUCAUUGGAUGAAUUCUAAUUUUGUUUGUAAUUUUCUUAUUCAUUAAUCUGUGGUCCUAUUUUUCUCUCCCAUAUUUUGCUUUUAAUUAUUCUAGUCUACAUUUUUUAAAUAGUUGAGAGGUUGCUUUCAACGUUUCCUGAUAAUUGUUGCUGAGUUAUGGAGGACGUUCAUUGGUGGAUUAUUGUUGAGAGGGGAUAUUGCAGUAUUUUUGUUCCUUGUGUUCAUUAUAUCGGACAGUUGUACAUAUUUUCGGCGUUAAAAAUUACACAAUUAAUUCUGGUGAUUGUUCGGGAAUAUUAAAAGAAAAAAAUGUAGUUGAAAAAAUUGAUUAGAUGCAAGAUUUAAUCUUUGGCGAUUUUGGAACCACGAGAUUUCGUUAGAAGAGGAGGAGCUGAAAAUAUAUAUUUUUUUUCAAGUGAAAUAUUUUUGUAUAUAAUUAUUUCAAUACUUAUAAUGAUAUGAUUGUAAUGUUGUUUACUUAUAACAGUGAUCUUCAAGUAAUUCUUGUAUUUUAGUUUGACCGGUUGUGUUACUCUGAAUGAUUAUUUUUAUGUUGAUAUUUUUCUUUAUUUUUCAUUUGAAACCAUGUGAUAUAACAAGACAAUGGCGGGUCUUCUCAAACGUAUCUUUUCAGCUGAUGUAUUUAAUCCUAACUUUGAUUUGGGUAGUGUUUUCUUACUUUUAAAUCAAACUUUUCGACAUUAAGCAAAAAGCCUAAUGAAAAAUUAUAUAAUGUUAGAUUUAUGCAAUUACUUAAUGUAAACGCGAAUAAACUCCGAUGGGUAAUUUGCAGUA